AUGGGCGCGCCGUCCGAGAUGAAGGCCGAAAUACAGCCCCAGCACUCGUCCGGCGACACGUUGGUGCUUUCGGAAGACGCGCUCAAUGUGCCCGGCUACGAAGCCGACCUCCAGUACGACGCCGCUGAGGCGAGAAAGGCGCUGCUGAAGGUUGACUUGCUCAUCCUACCCUUCAUCGUCCUCUGCUUCUGUUUCCUCCAGUUCGACCGGACCAACAUCGGCAAUGCUCUCACAGACAGCAUGCGACACGAUAUCAACGUCGGCAAUUCGCAGAUCAACACGGCCCAGACCCUCUUCAUCGUCGGCUUUGUCGUCACGGAAAUCCCCUUCAACAUGAUCUCGAAGUAUGUUGGGCCUGAACGCUUCCUGCCCGUCACGAUGUUCUUCUGGGGCAUUGUGACAUGGUCACAGAUAUUCAUCAAGGAUGCUUCGGGUCUCUGGGCGGCCAGGUUCUUCGUCGGAGCUCUAGAAGGUGGAUACAUACCUGGAUUCGCGUUGUACAUCUCAAAGUACUACACCAACCAGGAACUCGGCCUGCGCUUCGCCAUCUUCUGGGCAUCCAACAGCUUCGCCGGUGCUCUCAGUGGACCUCUGUCAAUUGGACUCCUCUCCCUCCGGGGGUCUCACGGCCUUCAUGGAUGGCAGUGGCUCUUCCUCAUAGAGGGUAUCCUGACCUGCUUCCUGGGAGUCGUCGCAUACUUCUACCUCCCCCACGGUCCAGCCAGGCCCAAGGCCUUCUUCGGCAGGUCUUUCAUCAACUUCUUCACCGACCGGGAGGCGAAAAUCUUGGUCACGCGCGUUCUUCGCAACGACCCUACCAAGGCCCUUCGACACGGAAAGCCCGUCCUGCCCCAGCACAUCCUCGAGACGUUCAUGGAUUGGCGACUGUACGGCCACCUCGUCGGUGCCUUCUUGUCCAUGAUCAUGAUUCAGCCCAUGAACACCUACGCUCCUUCGAUCAUCAAGUCCCUGGGCUUCAGCGGGCUCCAGGCCAACGGGCUGAACUCCGUAGGCAGUGUGUGUGCCCUUGUAUGGUCGGUCUCCCUUGCAUUCAGCAGCGACAAGACGCGGGAACGCGGGUUCCAUAUCACCGUUGGAUACCUCUGGGGAGCGGCAGGUCUCUUGUGGCUGGCGCUGGCACCCAGCGGCGUCGGAAAGUGGGUUCUCUAUGGCGGCGUUGUAAUGACCCAGAUGGGCAUGGGUUCUGCUCAAGCGAUCAGUGCCGCGUGGCUUACGUCGAAGAUGCAAGACUACAAGCGUCCGAUUGCUUUGGCGGCUUAUGUGAUGAGCAUCCAACUGGCCGGAUUCCCCGGCAUGCAAUUGUUCAAGUCGCACGAUGCUCCCCGGUACAGGCACGGCUUGAUUAUUGCGGCGUCCUGUGCUAUUUCUGGAGCGGUGGUGAUCCUGGUUUGGAAACUGCUGUAUCGUCUGUUCGAUCAUGGCGAGGGUGGUGUCGAGACACAGUACGGAAUGCCGACGACCGAGAGAAGGACGGCUUCGGAAGUCUAG